AUGCUGCGCCAGGUGGUAGAUGAUAAAGGGAGGAACUGGGACCUUCUCCUGCCUUACGUCCUCUUCUCCGUCCGGGAAUGCCCCCAAGCAUCCAUGGGCUUCACACCCUUCGACAUCCUCUUCGGAUGGAGACCUCGAGGACUAUUGGACGUGGCACGGGAAGCGUGGGAAGAACAGCCCUCCCCAUUCUGCUCAGUGAUCAACUUCGUACAAGAGAUGCAGGAGAAGAUUGAUCGAGUGGCCCCGAUCGUCCAGGAACAUAUGAGAGCUGCCCAGGAGGAACAGAAAAGAGUGUACAACCGCACAGCACAACCAGAGGAGUUCCAGCCUGGCGAUCGGGUACUCCUGCUAGUGCCAAAUAGCACCUACACAGAUCACAACGAGGGUGUCUUGGUCCAGCAGGGGGAAGACCUCACCACCACACAAAGACAGGAGCUAACGGAGUUGGUGGGCCAGUUCACCGAUUUCUUUUCUACCUCCCCAGGGACGAAGCAGCUGGUCCAUCACAAGUUCAAGACCCGCAACAUUCCAGCAUCUGAUAGACAUUGUCCUGCGACCCCAUCACCUUUACACACACACCCUCACGGACUUAAAAUAAACUCUACAUGUUUGACACUUGACACUGUGCUCUGCCCACCGCUGGCUAGGUUCCCUAAACAGAUUUUUGCAUCAUGUUCUGUUUCUGUUCCCUUUUUAGUGCUGAUUUCACUUAUACCAGUGGCCCAUGCUCAAGGGAGGCCUAAAGCUGUGGUGUCCAUAACGCCUGAUACACAUGUGUUCAUUGGAGAGACAGUUACUCUCAGAUGUGAAGUACAGGGAGGAGGAAACACUCAGUGGACAUACAGCUGGUAUAAAAAUAACAGACUCACAGACCGCACAGUGCAGGAGAUCAGAACCGUUUCUGCUGAAUACGGUCACCAUGGUGACUUCACCUGCAGAGGACAGAGCAGUGACUCUCAGAGCUCAGAGAUCAGUGAUGCUGUUACACUGACUGUAUCAGAGGACCCACAGGUAGUACUGAGUGUAUCUCCACAGAGCUGGCUGACUGAAGGAGACUCAGUGACUCUAAACUGUGAGGUUACAAACUCCUCUACAGACUGGACAUUCAGCUGGUACACAAUUUAUCCCUACAGAAUAAAAAGAGACCAUUGUGGUGAUAUUGUCUAUGGAGACUCCUACACUAUCAGUCCUGCUGCUCUUAAACACACAGGAGUUUAUAUGUGCAGUGCAGAUGGAGGAGAACGAGUUUAUCGCACAUAUGACAGCAACAAACAGCCACUAUGGAUCACUGGUGAAUCUCCUCCAGUCUCUCUGAUCAUCAAUCCCAACAGAACUCAACACUUUACUGAUGACUUUCUCUCACUGAGCUGUGAGGACCAGAGUAACUCUACUGGAUGGAGAGUGAGACAAUACACAGACAGUGGGAGAGUGUUAGAUUGUUCACAGUGGGGAUCAGUUACAGGAUCUACAUGUAAAAUCAGCUUCCUCUCCACAUCCUACACUAGAGUUCACUGGUGUGAGUCUGAAUCUGGAGAAAUCAGUAAUCCUGUCAACAUCACAGUGCAUGAUGGUGGUGUGAUCCUGGAGAGUCCUGUCCAUCCUGUGACUGAGGGACAUCCUCUGACUCUACGCUGUUUAUAUCGCUAUACAAAUUCCUCAAACCUCCGAGCUGAUUUCUAUAAAGAUGGAUCAGUUCUCCAGACACAGACUACAGGAGAGAUGAUCAUCCGAACUGUCUCAAAGUCAGAUGAAGGUUUCUACCACUGUAAACACCCAGAGAGAGGAGAGUCACCGAAAAGCUGGGUCUCAGUCAGAUCGUCAGAUCCAUCAGGUGUAGAAGCUCCAUUCUCAGUGCUCAUGCUGAUCAGUAGUGUAGUGACGGCCUCUCCGUAUCUGCUGGUGACCAUCAUUCUGCUGGUCAAAUGUUACAGAGCUCGAGCUCACACUGAUGCAUACAGAAUCCAGAACGCAGUCAUAGAGGAGUGAGCAAAGUUCAUCUAUAAAAAGAGGAUCCGUUUAAUGUAGAAAUCAUUUCAUCAUUCCUUUGGAGUCAUUUUGUGUAUUGUAAAUAAUACUGAUCUGUCGCUUUAACAUCAUGCUGUUUGUAGCUCAGCAUCUUACACGCACUCGUCUUUCUGACUGGAUUUGUUUAGCUGAAGCCUGCAAACCUCCUCAUGAGGUGAAAGUGAACAUGUGUUUAGUCUCUAAUAAAGCCUACAUGUUGCUAAUGCAAAAACACGUGUGAAAUAAAUGUGUCUGCUAUUGGAGUGACUUUCAUCCCAACAUCGUGACCUGCACAUUACAACCUCAAAACGUUUCAUGUAACAUUACUGAUGAACAUUUUGGUGUGCGUUAUUGAGAGCAGACUCAAGGUGUGUAUUUUUAUAUUUGGUUUGACUUUUCUUUUCAGCUGUGUGAACUUUAAUUGAAGUUGUGUGAGGAGAUGUGUGGUUGGAAUGUUUUGUUCAGUUAAAACCUUCAAACAAAUGCACCAGUAUCGAUGAAGACUAUGUGCACAAUAUAUAAUAAGGGUUAUAUAUCAUUUUCUUCACUGCGUUAGUUAACCUGGUUGCAAUGAUGUGUGAAGUACAUGUAAUAUAAUGAGAAAACUCGGAGCAAAUACUCUUGUGCCUUUUAAAUAUCACCAUUAUAUUUUUAACAUUUUGUAUUUUUUAAAAUAGAAAA